CUCGGCAUCGCUUCCGUCGAGUCCCAGAACUUCCGGUACGCCGAUAGUCCAACCGACAACGUUUGUGUUUUAGUGAUUUCUUCCGACGGCCAUGUAAUCUGUGAAGUCUCCAGUACCUAUUUUUGUAAUUCUAUGAAGAAUGUCGUCGAUGCAUGAACAAAAACCUUCAAUUAACAAUGUUUUGGAUUUGUUGGCUCAACAGUUUAUCGUGAUUUCUGGUGGUAAAACUAGAGAGGGUUAUUCUAUUAUAUCAUUUCCUGAUAGUGGAAAUUUUGUUGAUUUACCUGACGAAGGCUAUGAAAAAUUAAUAUCUUAUAUUACUUCAGUUCCGUCAUUGCAGGAAGCUGAUUUAGGUUUUGUCAUUGUUAUUGAUAGACGUAAUGACAAAUGGAGUUCAGUUCGAUGUGUUCUCUUACGUUUAGCAGAAUUCUUCCCUGGGCUUAUACACAUAGUUUACGUCAUCCGGCCAAAUGGUUUUUUACAGAAAGCUAUAUCAGAAGUGAGCAAUAAGUUCUUUAAAGAGGAAUUUAAAUUUAAAGUUGUUAUAUGCAGUGUCAUUGAGGAGUUACAUGAUUAUGUAGAGAACACUGAACUUACUGUUGAGCUUAGUGGCACUUUGCCGUAUUUUCAUCAGCACUGGAUACAACAAAGAAUGGCGUUAGAAAAUUUUUCAAAUGAAACCAACGAGGUUUCUUCAAUGCUAAAUGAAUUCACAGAACGUCUAGCAAAUGAUACAGUUGAUUUACCGGACACUAAAGAACAAUCUGCUGAUCUAUUAUGUCGUCAUGCAGUUGAAUAUGGGAGAUUGAAAAAAUGUUUUGCAGAAGCUGUUAAAAAAGGGGAAACUUUGUUGAGUGAUUUCAAACAAGAUACUGACACUUACCAUGGUACAAUACCAUCAACAGUUACUAAUGUCGCUGCAUUGGAAAGAUUAUUGGUACAAAUGGAAGAAACAGAAAAAGUGUUUGAUGAUUUUUGGGAACAGUUUUCUGGAAGAUUAAAACAAUGCCAUUCUUUGCGUGCAUUUGAAGAAAAUUUUAAUAUUGUUCAAAGUUCAUUAAAUGAAAACUUGAAAAUUCUAUCUGAAAUGACUGACGUCGGUGAUUCCGUUGAACGAGUUGAAGUAUUACUUGAAGAGUUGGCAACAUUUCAGAAGUCAAGUCAUGAAAAAAUAAAACUGAGUGAAGAUUUACUAAAUUGUGGUGAACAAUUAUUAUCUUCCAAACGGUUUAUUGUAUUGGAAAGUAUUCAACCAAAAUGUGAUGAAGUUCAACGACUUCUUCAAACAUUAAAUGAUCGUUUAGAAAGACGGUUGCAGACUCUUAAUAAAAGCUGCGAGUUACAAGCUAGAAUUCAAAAGGCUAGUGAAUGGUGUGCCAAAGGUGUUAUGAUUUUGGGUUCAGAACCAGCUGACAAAUGUAUUAGUGCUGAACAAUCACUUGCAGAACUGGAAGAGUUCAUGAGUAGUGCUCAUCACUUGAAAGUAGAGAGUCCCAGAGAAUUUUACUCCUUAUUUGAAGAUACCAUAACACCUGAAACUAAACCAAUAGUUACACAAGUCCUUCAAAGACUUGAUGAUGUUACCACCAUGUGUGACAAACGUUUGGCAAGUCUUAAACGAUACAUUAAUAAACCACGGCCUAUUCUAUCUGUUAAUCCUGAACCAGCAAUUCCUAUUAAUUUAGCUAAUAUGACCAAGAUUUCAAAUGGUGUAGAUGAAUGUGAUAAAGCUAUGCCAAAUGAAGAAAAUAAUGUGACUAAAACAAAACAUGUCCUUACUGAACUUUUGUAUACAGAACGUCAAUAUACUGCCGAGUUGGGCUCUAUACUCAGAGGAUACAAAGAUCAGAUGGAAUUUUCAGAUAUGAAAAACUUAAUACCUAUAAUCUUAAAGGGUAAAAGUGAAGUACUUUUUGGAAACCUUGAGAGUAUUCAUAGCUUUCAUAAUCAAUUUUUUUUACCGGCUCUUGAAAGUUGUUCAUCGAGCAUUGAAUCUGUUGCUGUCUGCUUUACAGAUAAUAGGGAAAAACUACUUCAACUUUAUACUUACUAUUGUGUCAAUCUGACAAGGUCUGAAGAACUAAGAGAAACAGUUGGUGAAGAUAAUCCUUUUUUCAAAGCAUGUCAAGAAAAGCUUGGACACCGUUUGCCUCUUGGUGCAUAUUUGCUUUUGCCUAUGCAAAGGAUUACCAAAUAUCAACUUUUAUUAAAGGAAUUAUUGCAUAACGAAAAAAAUCAAAAUUGUAUUACCAAGUUACAAAAAGCUUUGGAUUGUAUGUUACUUGUUCUUAAUAAUGUAAAUGACAACAUGCAUCAAAUUGGUAUAACUGGGUUUUACGGUGAUUGGAAUGAUUUGGGCGGUUUACUCUUGCAAGGGUCAUUCUCUAUGUGGGUUGAAAACAAAAAAGAUUUAUUGAAAGAAUUAAGACUUAAGCCAAUGAGGCGUCAAAUUUUUCUCUACCAGCAAGGAUUACUUUUAUGUAAAAAGGUAUCUAAAGAUAAUAAACCAAUGUAUCAUUACAAGAAAUAUUUACGGAUGUCACAGAUAGGAUUAACAGAAACUGUCAAAGGAGAUAUAUGUAAAUUUGAAGUAUGGUUAGAAGGGCGUCAGGAAGUUUACACAAUUCAAGCGUCAAAUUUGCAGCAAAAGCAACAAUGGGUGUCUGAAAUUAAACGUGUAUUACUUGAACAAUUAGCUGAAUUAAAAGGAGAGAAAAUCAAGCAGUAUAUAAGUACUUUUGGAAAACAUGUAAACUUACGUCAAACACAUUCCUUGGAUAACCAAAGUGAAACAGGAUCUAAUCGUGGUCGGCGUCCACUAAGUCAUCAUGAAACAACUGAUGAUGACUCUUCUGACUAUAGUUUGACUGAUGACGAAUCCCUUGAUGGGACAAUCAAACAAAAAAUAGCUGAUAGUUAUAUAUCAUUAGCUGAUUAUAAUGCACUUCGGCCAACAGAUGCUACAUUAAAGAGAGGUGAUAAAGUAGAUCUGUUAAAAGCUGGUUCGAGUAGUUGGUGGUAUGUCAAAGUUCAUGGUUCUAAAACUGAAGGCUGGGUCCCAUCCGCACAUUUAGAGAUCAGUGGUCGUAAAUCAUCCCACAGUUCUCAAUCUGUUUGCAGUCAUGGAUCUACGUCCACAGAAUGAGUCACCCUGUUUUUGUCUAUUCAAUAAGUAUUUAUAUGUUCUACAUAAUUGUGAUAUUAAGUAUUUAAUUUGUUUAUUAUUAUUUAAUUAGUCUAAACAGGACUACUAUUAAUUAUUAAUAUUUAAGUCCUAUUUUUAAACGUUUAUAAUUAUAAUAUACUAGUGAGUAUGUCAUUUAUUGUGGCAUUAAAAUUAUCGUGAGCUUCCUUAGAGUUAGUUCAGGAAACAUAAAAAAGCUUUAGGUAUGCAUUAUUUGUAUUACAAUUUAAGAUAUUAAGGAUUGGUAUUGCAGAUUAUUACAAUUAGAGUGUACAUGGUGUGUCCGAACUUGAUUGUAUCUUGACCUAUGGUGUAGCAUUCAUGAUUGUUAAGCCAAAACAUUUUAUAUGAUAAAUUAGACUGUCUAAUGACCAUUUUAAGAUCACGAGGUUGUAAGCUAACACCAAUAUAUCAUGCCUCAGCAAGCUCAGACACUCCAGUCAUAAUUUCAACCAGUAUUUGAGUCAAUGGAUUUGUGUUACAUUAUUCUGUGCAUUUCCAUUAAUAUUGCGCUAUAAAUUAUAUUGUUUUAACUGUUGGUUUUGAAUACCAGAAUUAGUUGUCAAGCCAAUGUGCUCAUGAUUAGGUAAUGAUAAAUCAAAUUAACAAAACUUUUGAUACAUUUGUACUAUGCACUUGAUUCAUUUUUAAUUUGUGACAAAUGUUGAUACCUCUAGCUCUUGGGCAUUAUCCUCCUGUUUUGGUUCCUCUAAAUCCUCGCGUGUUUUAUUGUAAAAUAUUUUUAAUUUAAACAUACAUAGUUUUGUUGUGUAUAUCAAUGUUUAAGAAUGUUUUUUUUAGUUUGGCAAUGUGAUAGGUAAAUUAAAAAUUGUGAUUUUUUUUUAUACAUUGUUUGGCUACUUAAAACAAUUUAUAACAAUUUUUCAUUUUUUUUUCCAUAUGUAUAAUGUUUUCAUACUGGCAAAGUGACAUGUGCUAAUGUAUAAUGUGAUAUAUGAUAAUCAAAAAUUUGAAUCACAUUUAUAGAAAUAGGUUAAGUGUUAUCUUCAAAAUGUAAUUAAAUGGUGGUGUUCUCUGUUAUUACAUUUUAGCAAUCAUUUAUAUUUAAAAUAACUAAAAAAAAAACAAGUUGACUAAAUUUAAAUAUGUUUAAAAGGUUAUUUGAUUAUUCCUCCAUGAAACACCCAUAUUAAUCCAGUGUUCAAAAGUGACUUAUUUUUGCCAUUUCAAUGUGAUCUUAAAUUAAUUUUUAUUUUGAAUUCUAGUCAUUAAUAUACAAAAAAAGUUUCUCUGUCUGUGAGUAUCAGAUGUAUUAUUGUUCAUCUAUUAUGGUUUAUAAGUUUGUAACACUUGACUAAAAUAUGAUUGAAAUUUUAUUUCACGGUUCCUAGAUUACUUUUUUUUAAUAAUUUGGCGAGAACUUAAAUGAAAAUAAAAUGCAAUUUAUUAAUAAUUGUUCAACUGUGGCUUUACGAAAAUGUUACUGGUUAAUUACUAGUCUUCUUAGUUAAUUGUUUUGACUAGUCUCCUGAUGUGGUUCUCCAUUUUGUAAUUUUGUAUUUGUAAGUCACCUUUUAAUAAUUAAUUUAUUUAUAAUUUAUUUUUCCUACACAUUUCUCACCUUAAUUUAAUAUCAUUAUUACUAUUACUUAUUACUUAUUAUUAUUAAUAUUAGUAAAUUUGUUUUAUAAUUGUAAUAUUAAGGAACUAUUUUCCAAAAAUUUGCUAUGUUGUUUGUUUUUAGUAUGUGUAAAUUUUACCGGCUUGAGCACCCUUAUUAUUAAUUUAAUUUUAAACAUAUUUUAUAUGACUUAUUAAGUUGAUUUUAUAAUGUUUUAAAUAGAAAAAAUGUUAUCAUUAAACUAUGGAUAGGUUUGUAGCUUUACAUAAUGUUGACUUCAUUGUAACCUAUUGUACCAAAUACCUGUUAGUUAUUACUUAAAUCGCCCAAAUAAAUCAGUUGUAUGUAAGAUACUAAAAUGUAAAGAGUAUUAAGCAAAACUAAUGUCACUAUUAUAUUGUUCAUGCGAAAAGUAUGUUUAAAUUAAACUGUUUCACUAGAUAUGACUUUAUAUGUGUAUUUUUGUAAUAAAAUUAUGUUUAAAAAAAUAUA